ACAGGGACAGGGGGCAUGACUUGUGAGUAUUUUUUAGGAGGUUUGACUUCACUCUGCACAGAGCUGACAGAGGAAAGCUCGGCCAUGCUGCAGCAGCGGCUUUUACACUCAGUUAAACUGUUCUACUCGAAGAGUCGAGUAACCGGUUCCAGUCUGCCAUCUGGGCUGAUUCCGAGCGUGCAGCGAUGUGGACGCGGACUGGUCUGGGACAGAAGCAAAGCAACUCUUCCAGAUGCGAGGGAGCGGACCCUGAUCGCUGUAAAGCCUGACGGAGUUCAGCGCCGUCUUGUUGGACGGAUCAUUCAGCGCUUCGAGCAGCGAGGUUUCAAGUUAGUUGGACUGAAGAUGAUGACGGCAUCUGAAGAUCUGCUGUCUGAGCACUACCGCGAGCUGAGGACCAAGCCUUUCUUCCACAGUCUGCAGAGUUACAUGACCUCAGGACCCGUGGUUGUCAUGGUGUGGGAAGGACACAAUGUUGUCCAAACAUCACGGACAAUGGUGGGUCCCACCAACCCAACCGUGGCUCAGGCAGGAACCGUCAGAGGGGACUUCAGCAUUCACGUCAGCAGGAAUGUGGUCCAUGCCAGUGACUCGCUGGAGGGGGCUCAAAGGGAGAUCCAGCUGUGGUUUGAAGCUAAAGACCUCCUGGACUGGGACUGCUGUGACCAGAUGAGCACCAGUGAAGAUGCUGCCAGUCAAAAGCAGUGAGACCUGAGACAUUCGUCUCCUUCAGUGGCGACUGAUAAACACGAGCGAUGUUCAGUAAUCCAUCUAAAGAACUGACCUCAAAAUUGCACUCAAAAAUGUAAACGUAAUACUUGAUGUAAUGUGAGAUUUUUGGAAUAAUCUAUGUUAGCGGUACACACACCUUUCCAUCCUUUACCGUUGGUGUUUCUUAGCAACAGCUUUAAAGGGAUUUUUGGAGAAAAUUUCAAGUGAGUCUCUGUGGAAAGGUGACCUGUUGCAGAUAGCUCGAAGAAGCUUUACUGGUCAGCCUCAGAAUGAGAAAAUGCCAUGCAUUGUUGGUUCUUUUUUAAAACACAGAAAAGGGUUUCUGUGUUUUAAAGAAGAACCAACAAUGCAGUUGGAAAAGCAACACAGUAAGAACAUACCAAACAUGAGAAAAUGCCAUUUUCAAAUUUCAGGGUUGAGGGGCUAGCAGCUAGGCUGCAUUCAGACUAACCGUUAGCUCAUCAAUCUUGUUGUACACAAACGAUGUUUCUCUCAACUUAGAGGCAUAGUAGUUCAUACAAAAAUUAUUUUAUAAAAACUUACACGGAGAACACUUUCUGAUGUCUGAGCUGUUUACAAAUAUUUGCACACAUUAUUAGCAGCUUUAGUACUUUCGGGUAGCAGGAAUAUCAGGAUGUUUCUGCUAGAAUAAACGAUGUAAAAAACACCUUCUGCACACAUCACUAUAAACUUUUAAAAUCAGAGUUUUAUGGAACUUUUUCUGCUUGGAUCAGCCACUGAUGAGCCAAUAUGAGUGGAACCAUCUUGAAACAAAACAACACUUAUCUUCAAAAUCUAGAAGAAACAAAUCAAUCCAAACAAUUUACACAAAUGCUUUAUUCUAAAUUUUACACCACCAACAACAAUGAUUUUUAGCCUUUUUUUUUUAUUUAGUCCAGGAGCUUGGCUGGCAUCCCCAACACAGCAAGGAAAGUUACACUACUGACAAAAAUGCAAUAUUAGUUUAAGCUCUAAUUGUAUACACGUACACCCAUCAUCAGAAAACAUCAACAGGUACCAUCAUGACUUAUCAGGUUUAUCAGAUUCUGUUGUUCCACAUUCACAAAAACACGAGAAACAAACAGCUUUGGUUUUCCCGGUUGACAAAUCAGAUGAGGUUUAAACAAACGUGCCUUUAUCUCAAAAUCAAAAGAGACAUUUAACACUUCUGACAUUUCACUACAGACGUUUAUCACCUGCAGCAUCCUUGCACAAACACACACAUCGUCCCAGACACAGCAUGGUAUUCUUUAACAUCCCUCAAUCCCCACACACACAUGCACACUUGCACACGCACACACACACACACACACACACACAC